UGCGUGAUCCCACGAUCUGUUGCGAUCGUGGCGACAUGGUAUGUUGCACCAUGCUAGCAAGCACCUGAGCAUUCAUUUCAGAAACACCACAAGGCGUCUAUUCUCAAUGUCUCUUGUAUCACACGAAGCAUUUUCGGUCGAGAAACGCGUUGCGAUCGCAGCGGUACGGAGAGCAUGUGUGGUGACUUCCACCGUGUUCAAUCAAUUAGUCCGAGAUAGAACGGAUACCCUUAGGAAGGAAGAUGAAUCACCAGUGACAGUCGGAGAUUAUGCCGCACAAGCGGUCGUUAACACUGUCUUAAGGAACGCAUUCCCCAAAGAUCCUAUCAUCGGCGAGGAGGGUGCAGACGCCCUCCGACAAGAAUCAAAUGCUAGACUGCGGGAACGAGUGGUUGCCCUGGCUACCAACGCAUUAAAGGGAGAUCUCAUCGACGGGGAGGAGGCGCAAUGGGGCUUAGGUUCUCAACACGAGCUCAGUUCAGAGGCCCUGUUGCAGGCAAUAGACGAAGGAAAUGACACAGGCGGUCCGAAUAAACGCAUGUGGACCGUUGACCCUAUUGAUGGAACGAAAGGCUUCUUACGCGGCGGUCAAUAUGCCGUUUGUUUGUCUCUCAUUGUGAAUAGUCAGGUUGUAUUGGGCGUCAUCGGAUGUCCGAAUCUACCAAUACACCCUGCAGACCCUGACGGAGGCAAGGGCUGCAUUUUUGUAACGGUCCGAGGACAAGGCGCUUUCCAGAUAACCUUGUCUGGUACCGGUGCGAUUAAACUCCCUUACUUUCGUUCAGAAAGGUCAUACGUUCUACAAUCGGAGGAGCCGAAGCACACAAAUAUUCCGUUGAUAAGACGGGUGUCCGAUGAACUCCACCUCACUGAAUGGGGAAUGGACAGCCAGGCCAAAUAUUGUUCUCUUGCUAGAGGAGAAGGUGCUGUGUAUCUUCGCAUGCCAGCGCCUACCAUUGGUGAUAAAAAGCCUUACGAGGAGCGAAUUUGGGAUCAUGCGCCUGGAAGCAUCCUCGUUGAGGAGGCAGGGGGAAAAAUUACAAACUCUGAAGGCGCCCAGCUCCAAUUUGGACUUGGAAGGGGAAUGGGGGAGAAUCGUGGUUUUGUAGCUACAGUCGAUGAAGAACUCCACGAGAGGGUAGUAUUAGCUAUCAAGCAAGCUCAACUCGCAGAGGAUGCUGAGACUGCAGCUUAAGGAAAUCAUAAGCAGUGCUAGACUCUCCCUAUCUCAUCUAUCAGACGCCAGUAUAACAUCAGGUUUCUUUUAGGAAGAACAAACAUGUAGGCCCAGCAGCGUAAGGCCUUAAAACGGUCAACAAACACCGACAGUUACGAGUCUAUGGCAACUAGCGCCUUCUCUACACUGCCGGAUACCACAAAUGAAUUAAACGCUCCAAGGAACAUCGUGGGGCGAUGUCAUGAAUCAGAGUUUAGCACUUGUCGAGACAUUUGUCCGAGCCUUGCAAUCUAGUGCUAAUAGUAAUAUACCUUAAUUCUUAAGGUGUU